AUGCAGAACCGGUGCCCUGGGUGCCGGGCCCAGCUUUUGAGCUUCUAUGAUGCUCUUUUGCUGCCACGAGGGAGGCCUGCAGGCCAGCAAUUUAUGCGCGCGCGACUGCAUGGCCCCUCCAAGGCGUCCCCCGCUGCUGCUGCUGCUGCUAGUGCUGCUGCUCGUCCCUGGCACGGCAGCUCGGCCAGGCAAUUCUCGACAACCGUGCCUGUUCGGCAGGAGCCUGUGACGAAUUCCGAGCCUACACGGGAGACUACCAAGCCAACACCCGAGGAAAUCGAGACGAUUGUGCGCCAGGCAAAGCAGACAUUUGGCAACUCAUUGCCGCCCGACUACCUGACACCCGAGGAAUACAAAGUUUACGAGAGGUUAUACGGGCCACCUUUGCACCCAACCACACCGGAGGAUGUAGGGAUAUCGCUCAGGCCACAAGGUGAUGAGGAUCAGCCUGUGUUGCUGCAAGAGACGGAGUAUGGAACAAUGGAGGAGGUCGAAUACACCUUUGAUCAGUCGACUGCCAUUCUACCAGAACAAUUGGAAGGAGAGGUAGAAGGAGAGAUAGAGGAAACCGUGUUAGAUCUCGGGGAGGAUGGCCAGGUGGAUGUGGCCCUUGAUGCGGACUACGAGGCAGCUGGCGAGUUCGAGCCGGCCGCUGACGGCCAGACGGAAUAUCUCAGUGUGCCAGCCAACAACCAGCGCGAGUAUGACGUGCUGAUAAAGUUACAACGUGACUUUGAGGUCGCCUCGCAGCGGGCUCUUGAGGAGAAAGCGCUCGAGGAGGAAAGGAUCAGACAGGAAGAGGAAGCGGAGGAGCAGCGGGCUAUUGAGAAGGCCGAGAACGAGACCGCGCAGGAAGAGUUCGUCGAAGCCGAGCAGGAGAUGGAUCUUGAGCUCAUGGAAGAGGAAUAUGCCGGCACGCGGGUGCACGAGUACACCAUGUUGGGCCAGUUCAAGACGACGCCGAGAACGCUGUAUCUUCCCAAGCAGAAUUUUGUCCAACCCAUUACCGAAUUGCUGGGCAGGACUGACCCGACGCACGUCGCGGAGGCGGCCGAACGCAUGUUAGGAGGACCCAUGUUGCCCCAUGGCCCGGGCACUCCCAAACUUAGGACCAACUACCCGCAGAAAGGAGUCGCUAUGGAAGCCGGCCACCAUCGGAUGUCUCAAAUUGAGGCAGAUACCUACCUGGCCACCGUGCUUCCGGGCCUGUAUGCAACUUCCACGAGUAUCCUAGUCGAGGUGCGGAAGCGUCUCGGCGAAGGGUGGAUUCGGGAAAUGCUUGCUCGGCCCGACGGUGCUGGCCCUCGCGUUCUUGAUGUUGGUGCCGGCGGCGCUGGGCUAGCGGCAUGGGAGGCUGUGCUGCAGGCCGAAUGGGACAUUCUCCGCGAGAACGGAACGGUCGAGGGGCGGAAGCCUCCCGGGAAGAAGACGGUUGUGGUGGGCUCGGAGAAUCUUCGGCAACGUGUCUCACGCUUUUUGGAUGACACGACAUUCCUCCCACGUCUGCCGGACUACCUCCAUUCCAUUGAGGGCGGCGAGCGGAAGCUCGACUCGGGCGGCGGACCGGCCCCGCGCAAGGUCUUCGAUGUCAUUAUCGCCUCGCACCAGCUGAUGGCUAUUGAUAAAGAAUGGAAGCGCAAGGACUUGCUCGACAACUUGUGGACCAUGCUUAACCCCCAGGGCGGUGUGUUGAUUGUUAUGGAAAAGGGUCACCCCCGCGGUUUUGAGGCGGUCGCCAACGUGCGUGAUCGCGUUCUGGACGAGUUCAUCAUCCCGCCCACGCCGCAGGAACAUAAACAGGACGAGCAGUUGCAAUCCGAGGAUGAGCGCGUCCGAGAGCCCGGCAUGAUCAUUGCCCCGUGUACCAACCACGGCAAGUGUCCCAUGUAUUUGGCUCCGGGCCUCACUCCGGGCCGCAAAGACUUCUGCCACUUCAGUCAGCGGUUUAUCCGGCCCCCCUUCCUGCAGAAGGUUCUCAACGCAACCCAUCACAACCACGAGGACAUCGACUUCAGCUACGUCGCUGUUCGGCGUGGCGCCCGGCCAGACCCAACGGGUUUCUUACAAGGCAAAGAGGCCGCUGACAAGGCUUUUGCCGGCUAUGAAGACAAUUCAUCCUCGCUCUCACCCUCAUCAGCAUCAGCAUCAUCAUCAUCACUCGCCCCACACCCCCUCUCUCUCCCACGUGCCAUCCUUCCCCCGCUCAAGCGCCACGGACACAUCACCUUUGACAUGUGCACGCCCGCCGGCAACAUCGAGCGUUGGGUGGUGCCCAAAUCCUUCUCGAAGCAAGCCUACCACGACGCGCGCAAGUCCGCAUGGGGCGACCUCUGGGCACUCGGCGCCAAGACACGCACCACACGCGCCGUACGCCUCGGGAAAGCCGGCGUAGAUACUGGCGAUGGCGGUGUGCGGUCGCGUGCUGCGGCGGCCGAGGCUGGCGGGAAGUCACGGGGCAAGAAUAAGGAGAGGGUUAUUGAUAUCAAGGUGGACCCGCGGUACGGUAUGCAGGGCGCGAGUGAGAGGGUGAAGCCUGGCUCGAGGCAGGCGGAGAGGAGGACGAAGGGUGGGAGGAGGGUCAAGUUGGAUGAUAUUAUGAAGGAAUUGGGGGCGGAUAAGAUGGAAGAGGAGGAGGAUCCGGAGUAUAGGGAUUUUAUGCGGAAGAAGGGCGGGUUGUAG